UCCUCCAGCUCUCCGUCUACACCCCCGGGUCCUCCGCCUCAAGAAUCGAGACGGACUACUCCGAUUCCCCCGUCCCUAAGCGCCGAUUCGAGGUCCCCGACGUCCUCCUCCCGACUCGACGCCGGCCGCCUCUACCUCUCCCGGUUCCGCUCUGCGGACCAGUCCUCGUCGGUCUUCUUUCUCUCUGAUGGAUUUGAGGCCGUGAUCAAGCACGACCCGUUCGAGCUCGUGGUUAGGUCCUCGGACGGGGCGAAAGAUCCGAUCUUGUCGCUGAAUUCGUACGGGUUGUUUGAUUUCGAGACGCUUAGGGUUAGGAAAGAGGGGGAGGAUUGGGAGGAGAGGUUUAGGUCGCAUACGGAUACGAGGCCGCACGGUCCACAGUCGAUUAGCUUUGAUGUGUCUUUCCAUGGGGCUGAGUUUGUGUAUGGGAUCCCGGAGCAUGGGUCGGAUUCACUGGCGUUGAAGUACACUAGAGGUCCAGGGGUGGAGGAGUCAGAGCCUUAUAGGUUGUUUAAUCUUGAUGUGUUUGAGUAUCUGCAUGAUUCGCCGUUUGGGAUUUAUGGGUCGAUUCCUUAUAUGAUUUCACAUGGAACGAAAUCGUCAGCUGGGUUCUUUUGGCUCAAUGCUGCAGAGAUGCAGAUAGAUGUUCUUGGUCCUGGGUGGAGUGGGGAUGAUCAGAGUGGGAAGAAGAGAGUUGAUACUCUUUGGAUGACUGAAGCUGGGAUUGUGGAUGCAUUCUUCAUGGUUGGCCCGGGACCAAAGGAUGUGAUGAGGCAAUAUGCGAGCCUCACUGGGACUCAGGCGAUGCCGCAGGAGUUUGCGAUAGCGUACCACCAGUGCCGAUGGAAUUAUAGAGAUGAGGAGGAUGUGGCUAAUGUAGAUAGUGGGUUUGAUGAGCAUGAUAUUCCUUAUGAUGUGUUGUGGCUUGAUAUAGAGCAUACUGAUGCAAAGAAGUACUUUACUUGGGAUAGAGUGUUGUUCCCUAACCCGGAGGAGAUGCAGAAGAAGCUGGCGGCAAAGGGGAGGCGCAUGGUUACGAUUGUUGAUCCUCAUAUUAAGAGGGAUGAUUCGUAUUAUAUUCAUAAGGAGGCGACGGAGAAGGGUCACUAUGUAAAGGAUGCAUCAGGGAAGGAUUUUGAUGGGUGGUGUUGGCCUGGAUCAUCAUCGUAUCUUGAUAUGCUAAGUCCGGAGAUAAGGGAGUGGUGGGCGGAGAAGUUUUCAUUGGAGAAUUACAAGGGUUCUACUCGCUCGUUGUAUAUAUGGAAUGAUAUGAAUGAACCUUCAGUGUUUAAUGGCCCUGAGGUAACUAUGCCUAGAGAUGCUAUCCAUUAUGGAGGCGUGGAGCACAGGGAGGUACAUAAUGCCUAUGGAUACUACUUUCAUAUGGCAACAUCUAAUGGGCUAUUAAAACGAGGUGAUGGAAAGGACAGGCCUUUUGUUUUGUCACGGGCUUUCUUUGCAGGAAGCCAACGGUAUGGUGCAGUCUGGACAGGAGAUAAUUCUGCAGAUUGGGACCAUCUCAAAGCUUCAGUCCCAAUGGUUUUAACCCUUGGACUUACCGGCAUCUCAUUCUCUGGAGCUGAUGUUGGUGGUUUCUUUGGGAACGUAGAAACUGAUUUGUUAGUGCGUUGGUACCAAUUAGGAGCUUAUUAUCCUUUCUUUAGGGCCCAUGCCCAUCAUGAUACAAGGAGACGAGAACCAUGGCUAUUCGGAGAAAAGAACACCGCUUUGAUGAGAGAGGCUAUACAUAUUCGAUAUUCACUGCUACCAUAUUAUUAUACCUUGUUUAGAGAGGCUAGUUUGAGCGGUAUCCCUAUAAUGCGUCCUUUAUGGUUGGAGUUCCCUGAUGAUAAGGAAACAUUUAACAAUGGUGAUGCCUUCAUGGUUGGUCCAAGCAUAUUAGUCCAGGGGAUUUAUCAAGAGGGGCAAAAAUCUGUAUCAGUUUAUCUACCUGGCAAAGAGUCUUGGUAUAAUCUGAGAAAUGGCCUUUCUUUUGCUGGAGGUGUAACCCACAAACUUGAAGUUUUAGAAGACAGCAUACCUAGUUUCCAGAGAGCAGGUACAAUUGUACCAAGAAGAGAGAGAUUCCGGAGAAGUUCAACUCAAAUGGUGAAUGACCCCUACACUCUGGUUAUUGCUUUAAACAGUUCUCUUGCUGCCGAAGGUGAGCUGUAUAUUGAUGAUGGCAAAAGCUAUGACUUUGAACAUGGGGCAUACAUCCAUCGCCGCUUUACUUUCUCAAAUGGCAAGCUGACAUCAUCAAGUUUAAGGCCUAGCAAUCUUGAUAUGGAGUUCUCUUCAAACUGCGUUAUUGAGAGGAUUAUACUUCUGGGAUUACCUGCCGGAGCUAAAAAAGCAGUAACUGAACCAGGAAAUCAUGAAAUUGAGAUAGAACCAGGCCCACUUAUGCUACGAGGUGGGGCAAGCUCAGUAGCCCUUGUAGUUCGCAAGCCAAAUCUCCGCAUCUCGGAUGAUUGGACCCUGAGGAUUUUGUAGAACUUCCCUCUCUUAAAUGAGAUAUUCUGAACCAAUGAGCGGAUAUAUGUUAGCUUAUUCGGGUUCGUCGUGUAAUGGAUGGGAAUUAGGCCAUCAUUCAACUUUUAGAUAAUUAUGACUUUGUUAGAUUCUUCGAUUUUUGGUACAUGUAUAAGCACUGCACACCGAGAAAACCUCCAUUGUGCUAUCUAUGAUGAAGUGAUGUGUUCCUCGCCUACAUGUUUUAUUUGGGAUUGUUGGUCUUGGGACA